ACGUCAUCGCGCUCAGGUGACCAACGGCAGCUCGCUAGUUUACUGAAAUUUGUGUUUUAGUCGUGUUUAAGUCUGUGUCAGAGUGAGUUAUGUCUCAGUUUUCUCUUUCAUUUACCCACCUACGAUAUUUAGGUCAUUGUGGGUUAAGCUGAGCUCUCGUUUUUUUUUUGUUUUUUUUUUUAAAUUCCACAUCGUUUUCUAUCGUUGCUAUUUAAGCUAGCAGACAAAGUUGACAUGUUCGGUUGCAGACAUGGUGUGCAAAACUUUAUCAGUCCUGGUUUUACUCCUGAACAUUUCAGCAGCUUCAGGCGGUUCGUAUGUUAUCACAGUUGAUGUGGGAAAUCCAACAGGAGAUCUUAAACACUUCUGGAGGAGUACUGGAUUCUGCCCUCCACUCCCUCAUACCCAGUCCCACCAGUUUGACCUGAACAUCGACCAGCAGCUGAAUCUGGCCUAUGUGGGCUCAGUUCCCCAUGGAGGGAUCCAGCAGGUCCGAAUACACUGGAUGCUGGAGCUGGUCAGUGCACAAGAUAUUGGAGGACAACCCCAGUAUAACUUCACUAAACUGGACCAGCUGAUAGAACUCUUGCAUGUUAAUGGACUCCAGCCAGGCUUUGAACUGAUGGGCAGUGUGUCUAACUACUUCACUGACUUUGAGAACAAAUCACAAGUGUUUGAGUGGAGAAAUCUGGUUCAUCUCAUAGCCAAGAGGUACAUUGAUAAAUAUGGCCUGGGAAGUGUGUCUCGGUGGAACUUUGAAACAUGGAACGAACCCAACAACCACGACUUCGACAAUGUCACUGUGUCAAUUCAAGGGUUUCUCAACUACUAUGAUGCCUGUUCGGAGGGUCUGCGUUCUGCCAACAGUCUCCUGAGGUUUGGAGGUCCAGGAGACUCUUGUCACACACCCCCACACUCCCCAUACUGUUGGGCCAUGCUGCAGCACUGCUACAACGGAACCAACUACUUCACUGGAGAGACGGGGGUCAGGAUUGACUACAUUGCCCUGCAUAAGAAGGGAGGAGGCUACUCUUUGCCAAUCCUUCAGCAGGAGAUCCAGACAGUAGAGGAGAUCCAGGAGCAUUUCCCUCGGUUCCGCAGCCUUCCUGUGUAUAACGAUGAGGCUGAUCCUCUGGUUGGUUGGUCCAGGCCUCAGGAGUGGAGGGCUGAUGUGACAUACGCUGCAAUGGUGGUGAAGGUAAUAAAUCAGCACCAGGAUCUGUUGCUAGUAGACCCGAACAGCACCAUCAACUACACUCUGCUGAGCAACGACAACGCCUUCCUCAGCUACCACCCGCACCCCUUCACCCAGCGCACACUGACCGCCCGCUUCCAGGUCAACAACACCCAGCCACCUCACGUCCAGCUCAUCAGGAAGCCUGUCCUCACCGUCAUGGGCCUGCUGGCUUUGCUAGGAGAGAAGCAGGUCCGGGCUCAGGUUCUGAACUCAGCAGGAAACCACAACAGCACAGUGGGAGUUCUUGCCAGCAGCCACAAACCUGCAAUACCAGGCGGCUCAGACAGCUGGCAGGCAGCGGUGCUGGUCUGCAACAGUGACGACAACAGCACCUCCACCAACGCUGACGAUGUUACUGUCUCAGUCACAGGACUACCUGCACAAGAAGGUCUUGUGUAUGUCACAUAUUACAUGGAUAAUAAUGUAACCAACCCAUACCAGAUGUGGCAGAACAUGGGCAGCCCCGACUACCCCACAGUAGAACAAUUCAGACGGCUCCGGAGUGGGCAGGACGCUCAUACUGAUGGACCCUGGAAGGUUCCUGCAGGAGACACUCUGACUCUGAAAGCCAAACUGCCCGUUCCCUCCGUCUUCCUCAUCCAUGUGUGCGCUCAGCCCAAAGCUGUGCCAGAUCAGGUCAACGGAUUACGUUUCAUCAGGAUCACCAAAGCCCAAGUUCUUAUUGUCUGGUCUGAUCAUUGUGUUGAUUCAAAAUGCAUCAAGACAUUUGAAGUGGAAUUCUCCAAAGACCAGAAGGAAUUCAGCAGAAUUAACACCCUGGACAUCAUUUUUACUUCUUAUGUCUUUUCACCUGUGGACCGGGUGGUCGGUGGUCUGUACAGAGUUCGAGCUGUGGACUACUGGGGAAGGCCGGGCCUUUACUCACUGCCAGAGAGGUAUUCAGAGGAAUCUUAAACCAAGGUCAAGUCCGCUGCUAUUCAUAUCAUCUUUCUAAUUAGUUUUGUACAAUGUAAAUAUGUUUCGAUAGGUUUAUGUGCGGAUUUUACACUGUAUGUUACACAGUAUAAGACAUUUCUCAUGAAGCGUUGCCCAAUCACAUAAUGUGCGUAUAUUAUGCUCUAAGUGGCACUAAUUCAGGACUAGAGCAUAAUGGUUGUAAUUUUUAAGACUUCACUAUUUGAUUUUGCUCUUUUCUAAGCAGACCUACUUAUGAAUAGUGCAAAAAAUGACUGAAUACAAAAAUCAGCAAACAUAACCAAGUCUCAUGCAUUGAUAGCUGAAGUUACUGGAAAAUUUAAGGAACUGAAGACAUGCGGUCGUAGUGGAAGCCUUUUAAAUGCAAUUCUGGCAGCACUGACCAUAAACACUAACUAGCUCUGAUCUUUGGAUUGGCUAUAUUUUAUAUUUGUGUCAUUCAGGACCUAUGAGAAGACCCUAACCAGCAACAUGUCAAAGUGUCUCAGAAACUUCCAAAUCCUCUACAUGUGUGUUGGUUUCUGAUAAAUACUGACUUCUUAAAGUGGUUAAUAAACAUAUACUGUGCAUUCCAAUACCCAUACUACCAUAAUAUUGGGUGCCAAAAAAUAUUUACAAUGUCCUAAUACACACAAUGUCAAAUGCAAUACCAGUAUGUCCUUCUACAUUCGGUCAUAUUUGCUGUACGUAAACCAGCAGGCUUUUGUGGCUCAUUAUGACCCACAAUCCUCUGCACAGCAGUAGCUAUACCACAUAUGUCCCAGUGUCUUUCACAAACACAAAACAAGCUUGGCCCACUAAGAGGGAACAGGCUGAUGACAGCAUUAUUUACACUAGACAGUGUGAUAAAUAUAUGAGUGAGACAGCUAAAGCUAAAGAUGACUGAUACAGCUGUAUGCAUGCAGCGUACAACAGUAUAUACUUUGUAAGAGCAGCAGCAGUAUGUACUGAAAGUGUGAGAUUUGGAUUGCAGGGAUGAUUUCAUUUUGACAAAGGCUAAAUAGUUUGCCAAAACAUUUUCAUUAUUAUAUAUAUCUAUAUCUAUAGAUAGGUAUAGAUGUAUCUAUAGUGCACCCGGAAAGUAUUCACAGCGCUUCACUUUUUCCACAUUUUUUUUAUCUUACAGCCUUAUUCCAAAAUGGAUUAAAUCCAUUUUUCCUCAAAAUUCAACGCAAAAUACCCCAUAAUGAUGAUGUGAAAAAAGUUUUUUUGAAAUUGUUGCAAAUUUAUUAAAAAUAAAAAACCUGAGAAAUCACAUUUACAUAAGUAUUUACAGCCUUUGCCGUGAAGCUCAAAAUUGAGUUAGGUGCAUUCUGUUUCCACUGAUCAUCCUUGAGAUGUUUCAGCAACUUAAUUGGACUCCACCUGUGGUAAAUUCAGUUGAUUGGACAUGAUUUGGAAAGGCACACACCUGUCUAUAUAAGGUCCCACAGUUGACGGUGCACGUCAAAGCACAAACCAAGCAUGAAGACAAAGGAAUUGUCUGUAGACCUCCGAGACAGGAUUGUCUCAAGGCACAAGGCGAAGGUUACAGAAAAAUUUCUGCUGCUUUGAAGGUUCCAUUGAGCACAGUGGCCUCCAUCAUCUGUAAGUGGAAGAAGUUUGGAACCACCAGGACUCUUCCUAGAGCUGAUCGACCAUCUAAGCUGAGUGAUCGGGGAGAAGGGCCUUAGUCAGGGAGGUGACCAAUAACCCGAUGGUCACUCUGUCAGAGCUCCAGUGUUCCAUUGGAGAGAGGAGAACCUUCCAGAAGGGCAACAUCUCUGCAGCAAUCCACCAAUCAUGCCUGUAUGGUAGAGAGACCAGACGGAAGCCACUCCUUAGUAAAAGGCACAUGGCAGCCCACCUGGAGUUCGCCAAAAGGCACCUGAAGGACUCUCAGACCAUGAGAAACAAAAUUCUCUGGUCUGAUGAGACAAAAAUUUUACUCUUUGGACUGAAUGCCAGGCAUUACGUUUGGAGAAAACCAGGCACUGCUCAUAACCAGGCCAAUACCAUCCUUACAGUGAAGCAUGGUGGUGGCAGCAUCAUGCUGUGGGGAUGUUUUUCAGCGGCAGGAACUGGAAGACUAGUCAGGAUAGAGGGAAAGAUGAAUGCAGCAAUGCACAGAGACAUCCUGGAUGAAAACCUGCUCUAGAGCGCUCUUGACCUCAGACUGGGGCGACGGUUCAUCUUUCAGCAGGACAAUGACCUGAAGCACACAGCCAAGAUAUCGAAGGAGGGGCUUCAGAACAACUCGGUGAAUGUCCUUGAGUGGCCCAGCCAGAGCCCAGACCUGAAUCCAAUUGAACAUCUCUGGGAGAUCUGAAAAUGGCUGUGCACCGACGCUUCCUAUCCAACCUGAUGACGCUUGAGAGGUACUGCAAAGAGGAAUGGGCGAAACUGGCCACAGAUGGGUGUGGCAAGCUUGUGGCUUUAUAUUCAAAACGACUUGAGGCUGUAAUUGCUGCCAAAGGUGCCUCAACAAAGUAUUGAGCAAAGGCUGUGAAUACUUAUGUACAUGUGAUUUCUCAAAUUUUUCAUUGUUAAUACAUUUUUAACAAUUUCAAAAAAACUUUUUUCAUGUUGUCAUUAUGGGGUGUUGUGUGUAGAAUUCUGAGGGGAAAAAAAUGAAUUUAAUCCAUUUUGGAAUAAGGCUGUAACAUUAAAAAAAAAUUGGAAAAAGUGAAACGCUGUGAAUACUUUCUGGAUGCACUGUAUAUCUGCAAGAACUUGUUUAAUGCAGGCAGCAUUUAAAUGCUUGCCUUGUAGUUUCAUAUAAUGUGUCCAUAAUGUGUUACUAUGCAGUAGGUAUGAAAGGAAAAGUAAAAUGCCUGAUGUGUAUUAUUUGAAAUGAUGCUUUUAAAUUUGUUAUAUUCUGUUUUUUAUUCUUGAAAUGUGUGUAUAUUGUGUUUGUGCAUUACAUAAGUAAAGUUUGAUAACCACU